AUUCCUAAUUUGGGAACACCGAAGUCUGUAUUUGUUACAACGCAAUGAAGUUGGAUCCCACGCUGUAACUCGGAAAAGCAUUUGGGCACUUUGGUAUUUUCACGCAAAACUCAACUGAACUUGGCUUUGUCCGUUAUAUUGAAAAUGAAGGAACGCAAUCUACAUAAGGCGUGGUCAAAUAGUUCCAUAAAUUAGUUAAGGUUCAGCCACCUGAAACUACCAAAAUACCCUUUCUUCGUUUGUUUCUUUUUCUUUGUCGUUGGGAAACGACACAGUAACGAAGAGAAAGAAGAAGGAGGAAAAGAAGAACAUCGUUCCUUCUUCUCUCUCUCUUUCGUUCAAAUUGAAUAAUUGUUGGAUGGGAACGUUUCAGAGCUUAAGAAAGGCCUACGGUGCUCUCAAAGACUCCACCACGGUUGGCCUGGCCAAGGUCAAUAGCGAAUACAAGGAAUUGGAUAUUGCAAUUGUGAAGGCUACCAGUCACGUAGAAUAUCCUCCUAAAGAACGUCAUGUUCGAAAAAUUUUCUACGCAACAUCAGCACACCAACCACGAGCAGAUGUAGCUUACUGCAUAUAUGCACUUUCCAAGAGGCUUUCAAAAACACGGAAUUGGAUAGUUGCGGUAAAGACAUUGAUAGUCUUUCAUAGGAUAUUAAGAGAAGGUGAUCCAACAGUCAAAGAAGAUCUCUUAAACUACUCACGAAGGGGACGUUUUCUUCAAAUAUCCAAUUUCAAAGAUGAUUCAAGCCCUCUAGCUUGGGACUGUUCUGCAUGGGUUCGAACCUAUGCACUAUUUUUGGAAGAAAGGCUUGAAUGCUUUAGAACCCUUAAAUAUGACAUUGAGUCUGAGCGGUUAACAAAAUCAUUUAAACAAUCACCAGCUUCAGCUCUGGUACAUAGAAAGACACGAACGUUGUCUAGUGAAGAGCUUUUGGAGCAGUUGCCUGCACUACAGCAACUUCUAUAUCGCCUUACUGGUUGUCAGCCUGAAGGGUCGGCUUUUAGCAAUUAUCUAAUACAGUAUGCACUGGCCCUGGUAUUAAAAGAGAGCUUCAAAAUAUAUUGCGCCCUCAAUGAUGGAAUCAUAAAUCUUGUGGACGUGUUCUUUGAUAUGCCAAGAUAUGAUGCAGUGAAGGCUUUACAUAUUUAUAAAAGAGCUGGCAAACAGGCUGAAAAUCUUGCUGAUUUCUAUGAAUACUGUAAGCGAUUGGACCUUGCCAGGAAUUUUCAAUUUCCAGCCUUGAGACAGCCACCUUCCUCUUUUAUUGCCACAAUGGACGAAUACAUUAAAGAAGCACCCCUUACAGGCGGUCUUAAGAGACUGGAGUUCCCGGAAGAAGAUCAAUCACCUCAAAAAGAAGAAUCAGAACCAAAAGAAUCCGAAGAGGCUCAAGCAAAUGAGAAACCAGAUGAAGAAGUCGAUGAGGAAGAACCGGCAGAUAAGGAUGAAACACAGCCUAAGGAAGAGGAGGCUGAACUUCCUCCUUUGAUAUCCACUGAUGAUUUGGUGGGUCUAAAUGAAAUAAAUCCAAACGCUCAAGAACUGGAAGACAGCAAUGCUUUGGCGCUCGCUAUUGUACCAGCUGGCGGAAAUAACUCCAGUGAUCUUGCCUUGAAUAACAUAAGCGGAACUUCUGGUUGGGAACUUGCACUGGUUACAACGCCAAGUAACCAUACUAGCCAAGUAAAAGAUCGCAAAAUGGGUGGUGGGUUUAACAAGCUAUUGCUAGAUAGUUUGUAUGAAGAUGAAAAUGCCAGGCGACAACUUCAGCUCCGAAGUUCAGGCUAUGGAUAUGGUGAAAUGGAUACACAUAAUCCAUUUAAUCAUUAUAAUCAGCAUGAUCCAUUUGCAACGUCCAACAAUAUAGCACCUCCAUCCAAUGUGCAAAUGGCUGUAUUGACUCAGCAACAGCAACAGCAACAAAUGAUGUUCCCACAGCAACAACAACAAAUGAUGUUCCAACAGCAACAGCAGCAAAUGACGUACCAACAACAGCAACAAUACAACAUGAUGAUGGUCCCAUACCAGUAUCCACAGACUCAAUACCCUCAACAAAUGCCAGUUAUGGGUUCUUCUAAUCCAUUUGGUGAUCCCUUACCCAUGCCUAGCCAUCCUUACAGUUCCAUAAACCAUCAAGGAAACUACCAUUUAAUCUAGAGUAGAUCUUCUUUCUCACUUAAUCCUCCCUUCUCUCCUACACUCCCUACCCAAAAAGAAUGUAUUAUUUAUUAAAGUAGGGUAACACUAAUUUUCUAAUCAAAAUAUCAUUUU